CGACCAGCGACACAUGAGAUACUGACUUGGGGGAGGCAUUGUCACCACCACCAACACCACCACCACCACCACCACCACAGGAAGCAUCAGUUAUACCCUCUCUUUCGUCUUUGGUUGUGCAGCGAUAUCUGUUCAGACUCUUUCCUUCGUGUUGUCUACCUCCAGCACACCUAUUCACUCGUGUGGUCGAUUAUCAUCAAGAGCAACACCACACAGCAUCAUGCUUUUCCAGUCCAUCCUCGCCUGGACAGCGGCGCUGGCUUCGCUGAGCGGAGCGUCCGCGAAACUCGAUCUUUCGUCCCCGAACAAUGUGGCUGUAUACUGGGGCCAGAACUCGUAUCGGGGGUCGGGGAACUUGGCGCAGCAGAAUCUGUCCUACUAUUGCGACGAUCCCAACAUCGACGUUCUUAUCCUGGCGUUCGUGAUGCGGGUGAACGGGGCGGGCGGCGUGCCCGAGUAUGACUUCGCCGACACCAGCAAAGCUUGUCCGUUGUUCAACGGGACCAAUCUGCCCAACUGUCCGCAGAUCGGCAACGACAUCACGACGUGCCAGCAGAAAGGCAAGACGGUGAUCCUCUCCAUCGGCGGGGCGACGUACAGCGAAGGCGGGUUUGCGUCGGACGCGGCGGCGCAGGCCGGCGCCGACCUGGUGUGGCAGACGUUCGGCCCGCCCCCUUCUUUAUCUGGUGCAUCCAAAACGCAACCGCAACCGCUCCGCCCCUUCGGCAACGCCUCGGUCGACGGCUUCGACUUCGACUUCGAGGCGACGGUCAACAAGAUGGCGCCGUUCGCCAACCGGCUGCGCGCGCUCGCCGACGCCGACCCGAGCAAGCCGUACUUCCUGACCGCGGCGCCGCAGUGCCCGUACCCUGACCUGGCCGACCAGGAGAUCCUCAACGGGCCCGUCGCCAUCGACGCGGUCUGGGUGCAGUUCUACAACAACCCCUGCGGCCUGGCCUCCUUCCAGCCGGGCCAGGCCUCCCAGCCCGCCUUCAACUUCGCCCAGUGGGACACCUGGGCCCGCACCGUCUCGCAGAACAAGGACGUCAGGGUCUUCGUCGGUGCGCCCGCCAACACCGCCGCCGCCGGCUCCGGCUACGUCCCCAUCUCGCAGCUGCAGCAGGUCAUCCAGUACGCGAAGUCCUUCAAGUCGUUCGGCGGCGUCAUGCUGUGGGACGUCACCCAGGCGUAUGCCAAUCCCGGGUACUUGAGUGGCAUCCGCUCCGCGUUGACGCAGACCAUGUCGAGGGUUUAUCAUAAGUUUCGGUAUCCGCAGCAGCGCAGCAUCAAACAAAUCCCCCGUAACCCGUAA